AUGGAUCCCGCGCCGGCGACCCCUCGCUGGAACCUGGACCGCCCCUACCUCACCGGACGCUUCCACCAGGUACGCACGCCGUUCCUCUUCCAAGCAACGCCCAGCCCGCCCACAUUUCCGCCCCGGCCUCACACGCCCCCCCGCUUGCCCUGGCAGGAGGCGAAGGUUUCUUUGGCGGCACAGGCGCCUGGAUCCAAGCCCUUCUCCCUCGACUCCUUCAGCCGCGGCGCUGGCGGCGGCGCUGGGAGCGUCAUCGGAUCGUACGCUGUUUCUGUUCAGGAGCUUUUAGUUAUCGAUGAUUUGCUAUCAGCUCUGGUGGGUAUUGAGGGGAGAUAUAUUUCAAUCAAGAGAGUACGCGGAAAGGAUGGAUAUGUUGUCUUCCAGAUUGAUUCUUCAAUGGACCUUGCACUCCAGGAGUUGACUCGCCGAAUUUUCCCCCUAUGUGAGGAUUUCGUAUUAGUGAGCCAGUUUGUGGAGUCCAGGUCACAUUUCAAAAAUGGCUUGGUCAACCAUGCUCUAGCCGCAGCUCUAAGGGCAUUCCUCCUGGAUUAUCAGGCAAUGGUUGCUCAACUGGAGCAUCAAUUCCGUCUUGGAAGGCUCUCUGUUCAAGGACUAUGGUUCUUUUGUCAGCGGAUGAUGAGUUCAUUGAAUGCACUGGCUGUUCUAAUAGAGAAGGCUAUGUCAAAUGACACUAGUGGUUCUGCGACACUUAAUCUACUCCAAAGCCAGGCAAAGGCGAUGGCUGGUGAUAGUGCUGUUCGGUCCUUACUGGAGAAGAUGACAGAGUGUGCAAGUGCAGCAUACCUCAGGAUGUUAGAAAGGUGGGUGUAUGAGGGUAUCAUAGAUGACCCUUAUGGUGAAUUCUUCAUUGCUGAAAACAAAUCUCUUCAGAAGGAGAGUCUCACUCAAGAUUAUGAUGCCCAAUAUUGGAAGCAAAGGUACAGCCUAAAAGAUGGUGUCCCUAGUUUCCUUAACAAUGUUGCUGCCACCAUUCUGACAACAGGAAAGUACCUUAAUGUUAUGAGAGAAUGUGGGCACAAUGUUCAGGUUUCCCUGUCAGAAAAUUCUAAGCUGAUGAGCUUUAGUUCAAACCACCAAUAUCUUGAGUGCAUCAAAUCUGCUUAUGAUUUUGCAAGUGGUGAGCUCUUGACUCUAAUGAAAGACAAGUAUGAUCUCAUUGGGAAACUGCGAUCCCUGAAGCGCUAUCUACUUCUUGACCAAGGUGAUUUUUUGGUUCAUUUUAUGGAUAUUGCCCGAGAGGAGCUUACAAAGAAACCAGAAGAGAUAUCCGUUGAAAAACUUCAGUCUCUUGUUGACAUUGCUUUGCGGAGUACGGCAGCCGCUUCAGAUCCAAGUCAUGAAGAUUUGACUUGUUGUGUUGAAAGAAGUUCCCUACUUAAAAAGCUGACAACCCUGAAAGACUUGGGCUGUGCUUACUCUUCAGACAAGUUUGCUGCAACUGAUCUUGACCAGCCCAUGACAUUAAGCAUGACUGGCUUGGAGACGUUCUGCCUUGGCUACAAGAUUCCAUGGCCACUAUCUCUUGUAAUUUCAAGGAAGGCUUUAACGAAGUACCAAUUGAUAUUUCGGCUAUUAUUUCACUGCAAACAUGUUAGUCGCCAACUGUGCCAAGCAUGGCAAAUUCAACAGGGGUUCCGUUCUGUCAAGAUUCUAGGAACACCAAUUCUACGGUCAUCAAUUCUUUGCCGCAGCAUGCUCAAGUUUGUAAACAGCCUUUUGCAUUAUCUAACAUUUGAGGUUCUUGAACCAAACUGGCAUUCGAUGCAUGACAGCCUUCAGAAGGCAAAGAGCAUAGAUGAGGUCAUCCAGAUCCACGAUUUCUUCCUCCAGAAGUGUCUAAAAGAAUGCUUGCUGUUGUUGCCUGAGCUCCUUGUGAAAGUCGAGAAGCUGAAGUCUUUAUGUCUCCAGUACGCCACUUCCAUCCAGCUCUUGAUACCGUCCAUCGAGGUUGCAGCCCCUGAGAGGAGAUCAAAAUCCGUGAUGUCGAAAUCGUCCAGAAUCAAGAAAGCACAGGAGAGGGACCAGCAACUGAAGCUAGCAUCUGAGAAUGUUGUGAUGUCGGAGUCUAUCCUGAAAUUUGAAGCGGAGUUCAACUUGGAGCUUCAGAGCCUCGUUCCCACGCUGAGCAACAGUUCGCAGGCCGAGCCGUACCUGACCCAUCUCGCGCAGUGCAUUCUUGGCGUCGGAAUCGAUCAGUGAGUGAGCUGUUUGGUGCGCGCUGUGUUCAGUGUAGCUGGUGUCUGUUGGCAACUUUGGAUGUGUGGUUGUGUAGUGCGGCAGUGCUUGGUCGUCAACGCUGAUUUAUGGCCCUGUGGAUGAAUUGAAACCUUGUAAAACAUGUUGUGCUUCCACGAGAUAGACCGUGCGUAGAUGGUUAGUGAGGCUUUAGCUGGGUGCUGUAGGCCAGUGUAGCAGUUUGGUGAUGUGUUUAAUCAUCUGCUCCGAUUUAGCAUUUCUCUCAUGCUCUGUAUCUCAGUAAACUACACUUUUGUUGCUUGAGUCACCGGUGUGUAGUCAGCCUGUAGCUUCAAGAGCCCGACAUGUAAAUCAGUCGUGGAAGGUCCAAUCGAGCUCUGUGAAUUAACUGUUUGGUUUGCCCCAUCCA